CUGUCACCACCACAUCCGGCCCUUAGAUUAGAAGCAGCGCGCCCCUGCUAUAAACACUCAGCCAAGACAGAAGAUGGAAGGUUCAUCUCUGCUACAUUUACUGCUCAUCGUGCAUCUGACCUUCUCAAGAUCUGCAGUAAAUGGGCAAAAACAGCUGGCAGUAACACAACCAGAGGUGGUGAGAGCAGAGGCUGGAGGAUCGGUGGCCAUCACCUGCUCGUUUGCAUCUGAUAUUCCCGUCUACUCUGUGACAUGGACCUUAGGGUGCAAUACUUCUGAGAAACUUCAGGAUCUCCCGUGUUUCCAACGCAAGGUAAACAUCUCUUCCCCAGAUCCUGUUCAGACACCACACAGCCCACAUGGAGAACCCAACUAUGAGGUGAAUGUGACAAUCACUAUCAUCAACCUGACAGAGAGCGACUCAGGAACCUUCUGUUGUCAUGUAAAGACUCCUAGUAUGGAGGGAACUGGACCCGGAACAAGACUGGAGGUCACUCCGAGAUCUAUUCCUGCAGAGUCCAUUCAAGUAGUGUUCCUCCUAGUGGAAAUCAUACACAUCACCUGCCUCAUUGUCCUAAUAAUACUCCUGGGCGUUGCUGUCAAGAAGUCCUGUUAAUGCGCC